AGAGAAACCGCGCUAGAGUUCACUUCAGUUCAGUUCAGUUCAGUCUGCCUGGAAGAGCGUUGAUAUGGACGCUGUUCCUUCUGCUCUGAGACUGAGAAAACGCGGCGGAUUUUGCACGAACUGACGGGGAUAAGAGAUCCCAACGUGUCAUGUUUAACGAGAGGAAUUAGAUUAGCGUUAAAUAUCAAGCUCAAAUAUCAAGACUAGUCUAUGUGCCACCGGGAUCUUCCAGGCACAGUGCGCAGCGGGUUUCAUCCUCGGUUCGCAAGCUGAUUCACCGGGACACAUGGGUGGGAAUCUCGGGUGCCACCGGUCCAUUCCCAAGGACCCCACGGAUUUCUGUCAGGGCAAGCGCAAGUUCAGCGCGGCAUGCAACUUCAGCCACAUACUGGUGAACCAGGAGCGGCUGAACAUCAACACCGCCACCGAGGAGGAGCUCAUGACUCUACCGGGCGUGAACCGCGGGGUGGCUCACAACAUCGUGGAGUACCGGGAAUGCAUCGGCGGAUUCAAGAAAGUCGAAGACCUGGCGCUGGUCAGCGGGGUCGGUGCCACGAAACUAGAGGCUGUUAAACUAGAGAUCUGCGUGUCGAGCAAGAACAGCUCGUCUAACCACUCGCCCUCGUCUCUGCGCAAAGAGCACGAGCACCUGCCGUGCACCGGCGUCAACAUAAACACGGCCACGCCGCCGCAGCUCGUGAGCGUCCGCGGCAUCACCGAGAAACUCGCCAAGAGCAUCGUGGAGUUCCGUUCCGCGCACGGUCCGUUCCGAAGCAUCGAGGACCUGGUCAAAGUGCCCAGCAUCAACUCGUCUCUGCUGGACCGCAUCCGCUUCCAGGUGUUCGUGGAGCGCUCCAGGACUCCUUCCACGAACACGAACGGAGGGCUCACGCACCCGAGCCCCGCGUCCUUCGGUGGCGGCAGCGAGGAGCUGGACGCUCCGCUCGGGGAACCGCCGCUCGUCUGCUCUGUGCGGCCCUGCGUCGAGCCUCCGGCGGCUGCGCGCGAUGGGAAGCCCGCGGUGCGAGUGGCCACCUGGAACCUGCAGCGCUGCUCCAGCGAGAAAGCCAACAACCCUGGGGUCAGAGAGGUCGUCUGUAUGACCCUCCUAGAAAAUGACAUUAAGCUGCUAGCGAUUCAAGACUUGGCCGAUCGUGAGGCUCUAGACAAGGCUGCGGAGUACUCAGGUUUCCUGUGGGACAGCUCUUCUGGGAUCGAAUUGAAGGAUGCCACUGUCUUGGAAAAUGCUGCGACUAAUGGUAACGGGAAACAUCCUCACCCGCAGCCCUACCUGGGACAUUUUUAUAUUGGAUCGUCUGAGCUCACGCUGGUCAGUUUGCACCUGACAGCAGCGCCGUCGUCUGCCGAACAGAAGAGAAAAAGCACGUGUGACGAGCUGAAGGCUCACCGACUGAGCGCUGGUCUCCAGGAAACUCUCAAAGGCGAGAGAGAGCUGCUGGUGCUGGGACACUUUGGCAUGGGUCCCGACAGCCCUGAGAUGGAGUGCCUGAGGAAAGAAAAACUGUCCGCCCUCCUCGCGCCGUCCGUCUUUACGAACAUCAGCACACGCUCCCCGCAGGGAUCCCGCUGUCUGGACAACAUCUGGACCAGUCGCUCCCUCAAAAAGAUCUACACAGGUCACUGCUGGGUAGUGCGUGAGGGCCUGACCAACCCCUGGAUCCCUGAUAACUGGUCGUGGGGCGGGGUGGCGUCUGAACACUGUCCUGUCGUGGCCGAGUUCUUCGUGGACGUCAUGCUGAAGGAGCUCAUGUGCAAAGGGAACGGAGUGGCGGUGGUGGAGAGAGGAGACUCCAUGUCCAAACACGAGCGGUGACCUUUGACCUUUUACAUGGUCCCUGUGGAAAAGGUCACCCGCGUCUGGACUGACACUAUGACUCAAUGUAGAUGAAGAGAGCGAGAAGUGCACCAUGAUUGCCUUUGUUUUGUCCGUUCAAUGUACAGUAGAGAUUCUAUAGCAACAAACAGUUGAUUUUAAUAUAGAACAAUGUAAUGAGAGAGAUAUUUAAACACAGAUUUAUUAAACAUGUACAUACAA